AACCUUUAAGAUUCAUGUUUGUUUACAUGUAACUUAACCAGCAAUUUUACAUUUUUUCACUUAUUUAAGUAAAUCUUUCAUGAUUGUUUCGGUAUUUUGCAAUAAUUAGGUACUUAUUAAUAAUAGUUUUGAAUAAAUUAGUGGUGUAGUGUUUAAUAUAAACUUAAUUUACCACGUAACAAUGCCAGGCGUGAGGUGUAGUGUUGCAAUAAUAGUUUUUAUAGUGCUAAACAAAACUAUUUAAAAAUUUAAUUUUAUGUGUUUCCUAAGGAUAAAAAACUUAGAAAGAUAUGGGUGGAACGGUGGCAAUAGACGCGAUUUAUGUUAAUCCUUCAACUGGUUAUAUAUUUGUUCUGCACAUUUCGAAGAUUCAGAAUUUCCAUGCGAUAUCCAAGCAGAGCUAUUAAGUUUACCAUCAAGAAAAAGAAAUGAAAAUCAAGUGAUGUUAAAAUGGCUGCAACCGAUAGUCAGAUCACAGUGGCAGCCGCACGCUGGGCUGAGGAGGGUAGUUAUCUGCGCGAAUUUGUCUCGAAACAUCGCCUACCGGCUGUGGUUAAGAUAAUCAAGGGUCAGUAUGGCGGCCUAGGGGUACCUACUUUGCCCAGCCCGGGCUUGCAGUCUACGGCGUUGCUCGUGUCAGCCGGAAAGCGCCAGAAAAUCAUCGCACAAGCAGUGAAGAUCAAAGAGGGACGGAGGCUCGUGUGCGUGGGGCCACGAUUGGUUGUUCCGGACACUUACGCCGGUUACUUCGAAUUGCUGAGCGAGGAGGGAAGAGCGGUGCGAUGCAUCGAAAGUGUGGCGGAGUUGGCCCGCCGCCGACCUGAAGAGGGAUGUCUCGUACGAGAAACUAUUCGCGGGGUGCAAGCUAAGACUGAAACAAAUGGGUCUGUUACGCCAGAGGGCGCCAGAACCAUACCAGCAGGUGAAAUACUAGUCCCCACCGGCGACGCCACACUUCCUGGUUCCAAGGGUCGCUAUCUGAAGUGCCUGGACAGCAAAGGCGACACUAUCCUUUUGGGUAUGGAACAGCGCGGUAAAUUUUCUGCACUGGCCCGCGAGGACAAUAUCAGUGGGGUUCACACCGCCAAAAACCUUUUGAGCAAACGUCUGCCUCUCACUGUCAGAUUAGUGCACGGUACAGCUCCCAGAGGCCUCAAAAGCCCCAACCACUUUGUACCCGAGCUCAGGCUUUUAUCGAUUUUCGAGGAAGAACACGUGUUCGCCCUGCCUCUCCAAAAGGAGACACAGAGCGUGACUGCGCUUCCCCUGGCUGCUCCGUUGAAAUUGCUACGUACACGCAACGAAGAACAAUUACGGGGUAUGGCUGAAUUCAGCCGACUGGUUGAAAAAUGCACCAAACUGACGGGUGACGUAGUCGACAGGAUCCAAGUGUUGGACGGAAAGUUGGGCGAGUCAAAGAAGCAGUCAUCCACGCAAGAACUGAAAAAUGGGUACCAAUUAAGACGCAGUGCAUCCUCAGACUCGGCAAACCAUCGUAAUAAACAUUCCCACCAUAAACGAGAUGAGAACAGAAUUCCAGUCCACUCGAAGGAUUAUGAUGAGAUAGACCAAAUAUACGAUUAUGUACGCGGUUUCGCACCAUUACCUAAAAAUAUCCGGUCACCAUUUUCUGAUCCUUCUCCAUCAAUAACAACAUCCCACAGCUCCAUUCCGUCUCAUCCGGUCUCGGAUCUGACCAAACCGGAGCCACCUCCCAUAGAAACCAUUCCGACAAAAAAGUUACAAGCUGAGAAGAGAAAUAGAAAAUCCGCUUCUUCCGUCAUUAAAGAGACGCCGCCUAAAGCACACCCUCAUGUGGAAAAAACUCCUCCCGGAUUACCUAAGUUAUAUGUUAAAAAUGGCCAUUCACAACGAAGCAGGUUGCUGCGACAGAAGUCUGCAUCGCCUAUGAAGGAAACUCCUCCAAGUCCCAUAUCUAAAUCUGGUUCUCCCCUCUUCAAUAUUCGGUACAAGUCUUUGACUAACCUCCAGCAAGCCAUGGAACUAGACGGCACAUUAGACUCCAGUAAUUCCGGAGGCCGUGCAUCGGGAGACUCGGGAGGCCAGAAACAACCAGAAAAGAGGUCCAGAAAGAUUUCUAGACCUCGAAGUUUGACAAACUUGGUGUGGGAAAUCAGGGAACAUCCCGAUAUCUCUAUGCCCGUCACAGAGAAAAAGAAGAUUGAUCCAGCGGCCAUAAUAUAUAAGAAACAUUCGAAAUAUUCCGUCAACAGUCAGCGGCGUGGUACGCUUUAUUUAUAAUUUUUACAAUUUUUGGGAGGAGAUGUACCCUCAGCUUAGCUGUUUGUGAUUCUGUGUAGUGUAAGUUUUUAAGAAAUUUUUUCGUUUUUAAGACUUGUGAUUUUUAAUUUUAGUGUAUUUUUAUUCAAAUUGGACGGUUGAUGGUAGCCCUUCAAAAUGAUUCCAAAAAGUAUAUACUCGUACACACACCGUCGUUGAUAACGCAAAAGGGUGUAAGCACCAAAAGCGCUAGUUGAGUAAUUUCUAAUUUCUCGGGAAAGCAACGUAAAGAAAAAUCGUUAAUAGCGAAUUUUUUGGUAUGUGUGAAUGUAUGAUGUAUAGCGUAGUACUAAUCGCGUAAAAACAGGUGAAUAUGUACGCUUUUAUUACCUUAUUUAAAAAGAGUCUGGUCGAUUUUCUUUUUGUUGCUUUGUUGCAAAUUUGCAGGAUCAAUGGUGAUGUGUGUGCAUGUACACUAUAUCGAUAUACUGUGCUUUUUGUUCAGCGUAUUUAAAUGUUUUGACUGAAUAUUUUGUUGUUGAAUGUUUCAUUGUUUUGUUGCUGUUUUCGCUGGAACAGUUUCAGUGAAAAUUUGAGAUAUUCACAAAAUAACUUAAUAGGAUGUGGUUAUGAUUUUGACUAAGGUAGUUUUUAAUGGAUACUUACCUGUACCAGUACUGCGGUCAUAAAAAAAUAAAGUAAGUAAUAUAUUUGUGAAUGUUCAAUGGCUGAUAUUUAUAAAAAUAACGGAAAGGAAUUCAAAUUAUUAAAAUCUGAAAAUUUGUUUAUGGAAAUAUCAACUAGCUUAAACGGGGGCAAAGUUGCGUAAUCGGGGGACCAACAUUAUGCCUCUAAAAAAUCAAAGCCAACAUGAUUAGUUUUC